AAUGCUAUGAACCUACCUCCUGACAAAGCCAGGUUACUUCGGCAGUAUGACAAUGAGAAGAAAUGGGAGCUGAUCUGUGAUCAGGAACGAUUCCAGGUGAAGAACCCUCCCCAUACAUACAUCCAGAAGCUCAAAGGCUACCUGGAUCCAGCUGUAACCAGGAAGAAAUUCAGACGGCGUGUUCAAGAAUCUACACAAGUGCUAAGAGAACUGGAAAUCUCAUUAAGAACCAACCACAUUGGAUGGGUCAGAGAGUUUUUGAAUGAAGAAAAUAAAGGCCUUGAUGUUCUUGUGGAGUAUCUGUCCUUUGCACAGUAUGCAGUCACUUUUGACUUUGAAAGUGUGGAAAGUACCGUGGAGAGUACAGUGGACAAAUCAAAGCCCUGGAGUAGGUCCAUCGAGGACCUGCACAGAGGGAACAACCUGCCCUCACCUGUGGGUAACAGUGUGUCCCGCUCUGGAAGACAUUCUGCACUUCGAUAUAAUACUUUGCCAAGCAGAAGAACCCUGAAAAAUUCAAGAUUAGUGAGUAAGAAAGAUGAUGUUCAUGUCUGUAUCAUGUGUUUACGAGCCAUCAUGAAUUAUCAGUAUGGUUUCAAUAUGGUCAUGUCUCAUCCACAUGCUGUCAAUGAGAUUGCACUCAGUUUGAACAACAAGAAUCCCAGAACAAAAGCUCUUGUCUUGGAGCUGUUGGCAGCCGUUUGUCUUGUUAGAGGCGGGCAUGAAAUAAUUUUAUCAGCUUUUGAUAACUUCAAGGAGGUCUGCGGAGAAAAGCAACGCUUUGAGAAGUUGAUGGAACAUUUCAGAAAUGAAGAUAAUAACAUAGAUUUUAUGGUGGCUUCUAUGCAAUUUAUUAAUAUUGUAGUCCAUUCAGUAGAAGAUAUGAACUUCAGAGUUCACCUCCAAUAUGAAUUUACCAAGUUGGGCCUGGAUGAAUACCUGGACAAGCUGAAACACACAGAGAGUGACAAGCUGCAAGUACAGAUUCAGGCUUACCUAGACAACGUGUUUGACGUGGGGGCUCUGCUGGAAGAUGCGGAAACCAAGAAUGCCGCCUUGGAGCGGGUGGAAGAACUGGAAGAAAACAUCUCUCAUCUGUCUGAAAAGCUACAGGACACGGAGAAUGAAGCCAUGUCCAAGAUUGUGGAACUGGAAAAGCAACUCAUGCAGAGGAAUAAGGAACUGGAUGUUGUUCGGGAAAUCUACAAAGAUGCAAAUACCCAAGUUCACACAUUAAGGAAAAUGGUCAAAGAAAAGGAAGAAGCCAUUCAGAGACAGUCUACCCUGGAAAAAAAGAUUCAUGAACUGGAGAAACAAGGGACCAUUAAAAUUCAGAAGAAGGGGGAUGGGGACAUUGCCAUACUGCCAGUUGUGGCCUCUGGCACAUUGUCCGGGGGGUCAGAACUAGCAGGGGGUAACUAUGUAGGACCAGUUACAGGGGCCACCUCCUCAGGACCUUCACUCCCUCCUCCCCCACCACUACCUCCAUCAUCAGAUAUGCCUGAAGCAGCACAAAAUGGACAAACAUCACCUCCUCUGUCACCCCCUCCUCCCCCACCUCCUGCCUCUGAGACUGUGCCAGCUACUCCUCUACCACCCCCACCUCCCUCUGCACCCCCACUGCCUGGGACUUCUUCACCCACAGUAGUUUUCAACUCAGGAUUAGCAGCUGUGAAAAUUAAGAAGCCGAUCAAGACGAAGUUCAGAAUGCCAGUAUUUAACUGGGUUGCUCUCAAGCCCAAUCAGAUCAAUGGCACGGUCUUCAAUGAAAUCGAUGACGAGCGGAUCUUAGAGGAUUUAAAUGUGGACGAAUUUGAGGAAAUAUUCAAAACAAAAGCCCAAGGUCCUGCCAUUGAUCUUUCUUCAAGCAAGCAGAAAAUAACACAGAAGGGAUCAAGUAAAGUAACAUUGUUAGAAGCAAAUAGAGCCAAAAACCUUGCCAUAACUUUGAGGAAAGCUGGGAAGACUGCUGAUGAGAUAUGUAAAGCUAUUCACGUGUUUGACUUGAAGACACUACCAGUUGACUUUGUUGAAUGUUUGAUGAGGUUCUUGCCAACUGAGAACGAGGUGAAAGUGCUGCGGGUCUAUGAGAGAGAGAGAAAGCCCUUGGAGAACUUAUCGGAUGAAGACCGCUUCAUGAUGCAGUUCAGUAAGAUCGAGCGGCUCAUGCAGAAGAUGACCAUCAUGGCCUUCAUUGGGAACUUUGCAGAGAGCAUUCAGAUGCUGACUCCUCAACUUCAUGCAAUUAUAGCAGCAUCUGUUUCUAUCAAGUCAUCUCAAAAGCUCAAGAAAAUUCUGGAGAUCAUCUUGGCCCUUGGAAACUACAUGAAUAGCAGCAAACGAGGAGCAGUUUAUGGAUUUAAACUUCAGAGUUUAGAUCUGCUCUUAGACACCAAGUCAACAGACCGAAAACAAACACUGUUGCACUAUAUAUCAAAUGUGGUAAAAGAAAAAUAUCAACAAGUUACUCUCUUUUAUAAUGAGCUUCAUUAUGUGGAAAAAGCUGCUGCAGUCUCCCUUGAAAAUGUUCUGUUGGAUGUCAGAGAGCUGCAGAGGGGAAUGGAUUUAACCAAGAGGGAGUAUACCAUGCAUGACCACAACACACUGCUCAAAGAGUUCAUCCUUCACAACGAGGGCAAGCUGAAGAAGCUGCAGGAUGAUGCUAAGAUUGCUCAGGAUGCCUUUGAUGAUGUGGUGAAGUAUUUUGGUGAAAACCCCAAGACAACACCACCAUCUGUGUUCUUCCCUGUAUUUGUUCGGUUUGUGAAAGCCUACAAGCAAGCAGAAGAGGAAAAUGAGCUGAGGAAAAAACAGGAACAAGCUCUCAUGGAAAAACUGUUGGAGCAAGAAGCAUUGAUGGAGCAGCAGGACCCAAAAUCUCCUUCCCAUAAAUCAAAGAGGCAGCAGCAAGAGUUAAUUGCAGAAUUAAGAAGGCGACAAGUUAAGGAUAACAGACACGUAUAUGAGGGAAAAGAUGGCGCCAUUGAAGAUAUUAUCACAGCCUUAAAGAAGAAUAAUAUCACUAAAUUUCCAAAUGUUCACUCGAGGAUCUUAGAAACCAACCAUAUAGACGAGCCGAUGCGGUGAGACGAAGUGUGAGGCGGCGCUUUGAUGAUCAGAACUUGCGUUCUGUUAAUGGUGCAGAAAUAACAAUGUGACCCAGAGACCAGCCUUCAUGAGAGGGUGCAUAUGAAACUGCCCUGUGAACCUUUUGUGCUACCAUUUAACUGCAGCCUUGGAUACAGAUAAAAUUACCUUAAGGGCUCAGAUUUAGUAAAUACAUAGGGAUUUAAAAAUGGGUUCUCCUUUUAACCCCUGUUAACAAGUGCCUAAAAUUGGAAGUAACUUGCUCAGAUUAAUCAAAGCAAUAGAAUUUGACUUAAAUCUUUUUACAUCCAUAUGUUAUUCAGUUUUUUAACCAAAAUGUAAAUUUCAUAUUAAAUUCAUUAUUUGCCAUUGUGAUUGUUCCUUAUGGCCCACCCUGGUUUCCUGGCAAUUUGUAAAUAACUGGGAUGUAUCUGCUAUGGGCUUCCUUUGCUGAGAAGUCUUCUAAGAAAUUGUUUGUUCGAGCCAUAUUCUUCAACUGUAUUUUUAAGGACUUGUAACAAGGGAGAAGGAAACUGGCACAGGAUAAUUUCUUUCUAUAAUUAAGCCCCAGCAAAAUACAAGAUGCAACUGCAGUGCCACUAGAAGUCUGUCUUGUCUCAUGUUGUUUCUGUGUAAGGGUACCACGCACAAAGGCAUUCACUUGUAUGACUGCAAGAUGGCAUAAAACAUUGUAUAAAACUUAAUUGCAGAAACUUUUUAAGCUAGAGGCAGCUUUUAAUAACACAAAUAUAUUUAUUAAUUAGCACUAGAAUUAAUUUCCAUUAUGGGUCAAUAGUUAAAAUAGAAAUUGGUGCCUUGUUAGUCAGGGAGAAUUUACCACAAGCUCUAUCAGAUAAGCAUUCAAGAUUACAUGUGGUAGUGUAAUGUUGGAACUUGGCCUUAUUCUCUUCUGACAAUCGAAGGGUCUUUUUCUUUCCUUCUGUAAACUGAAGUAUACUGAUACAGCUGACAUUAAGUUAUCAAGGCUGAAUUGCUUUUGCAUUUCUCACUUAUGAGAAUUUCCAAUUAGAAAAUUAAUGUUAAGUUUAAAUUAUAUUGAUAGGGUUAAAUGGUUAAAUCAUUUAUUUUUACUUCCUCACUGACAAGGCAUUUUGAUCCAUUUCAAAGUCAAAGACUGGACUAAAGCUAAAUUUUCACUUCUCAUAAUACAUAUUCUGCUUCUGGCUUACCUUGUUGGUACAUCAGUAUAUUAAUUGUAAAAAUUAUGUAUAGUAUUUAACCACUGAAUUUGUGUUCAUGUGAACCCCUUGGUGAAGGUCCCCUUUUUUCAUGGAUGUGUAGUUAUAUGACCUUUUAAAAUGUACAGAUAUUUUGCUAUAAGAUUGGUGCAGUUUUUUUAUGGUUUUUACACUUCUUUAAUUCCUACCUAAGUCCCUGGGUAAUCCUGUAAAUAUUGUUUAAAAAUGCUACAGCCUAUGCUACACAAUCUGAAUGUUACUUUAACUUAUAGUUUUUUUUUAAAUAUAUAUAUUUAACUACAAGGACAGUUUAAGAGUCAGUUACCACAUUUCACAAUAGUAGACCUAUUUACAGAUCCCUUUUAAACUGCCACCGCUGUUACAUUCAUAAAUGUAUCGUUUAAAAAGAACAUGCCAAGAUUCCUGCUGUCUUUUUUUGAGCUAGCAUCAGACAUUUAAUCAAAAAAUUCAGCUAUUUCCAAAGGUGUGUAUUUGCUCAAAUUUUCUCAUUUCCCAAUACACAAAAGAACAGUAAUGUUGGCAUAUUCUUUUGUCUGUCUAUUAAUGGUCCUGCUUCUUAGCAAUAUUAGAAAUGUUUUAUAAAAGCAAUUCAUGUUACUUUUCUGGUCUUUUCAUGCCAUUUGAGCAAAUAAACUAUUUACACUACUA